AUGUAUGUGAAAUGGUUUGAUACAGUAAUGGAAUACUAUGUGAUUUUAGUGAUUUUAGUGAAUGUCACUUUUUGUCAUUUUUGAAUUUCCCGCCGUUCCGUCCCCGUACGUCCCGACGCUCACAGGGGACGGAACCCAGAUGACAGAUGCCGGCAUCUGCCGGAUUACAUUGUCGGGGGGACACUGCAGGAGGGACAUCGCGGGAGCGCAGGAAAAGGUAAGUGAUCGAGGGAUCGUGGAGCAGCGCCGCAUGGUAAGCCCGAGUGUAGCUCGGGGUUACCGCUUGUGCUACACUCGGGAAUACCGCCAGGGAGGUUAAGAUA